UAUUUCCAUCCACUAUACUUGUAGUUCUAUAUAUACAUUUAUGUUAACUUUGUUUAUGUCUUGGAAUUAUUAUUAUUAUUAUUAUUAUUAUUAUUAUUAUUAUUAUUAUUAUUAUAUAAAAAACCAAAGCAUUCUUGCAGCUUUAACUUAAGAUGAACGAAACAAUGGCAUCUCAACCUCAAGCUGAUUCUCCAGAAUUCUUACUAAACCAUUUUCAGGAUAUUAAUAAAGAAUUGGAUAACAUUCAAUUACAAAGGGAAGGAAAAAGAGAAGAAGAAUCUAAGUUGCAGAAGGAUGUUGAUGAGAAUGGAAGUUGUAAUAUUCAAAGCAUAGGAGAAAGUGAUUAUAGUAAUGCAUCAUUAGGAGAUAAUAACAUUAUUCCCAUCAAAUUAAAUGGAGGCAAUGAAGUUAUCUUUGAUGAUGUACGUGAAUGUGGCAUGAUUCAGGGUAGUAGCAUUGAAUCAGAACACAAAGAUGACAAAAUUGAGAAAGAUACACAUAACGAAAAGCGAAAACAUAACACAUAUUUUGAACACCAAGAAAAGGAAGAAGAUCAUCAUCUUUCAAUUCAGUUUCAGGCAACAAAUAGUGAAUCAGAUAACAUACAAUUACAAAGAGAAGUAAAAAGAGAUGAAGAAACUAUAUUAGAAGAUCGUUCCGAAUUUGAUGAAGAUCACAAAGAAGAAGUUGACAAUGAAAGUUUAAAAAAUCAUGAUUUUUGUUCUGAAUACACAAAUAAAGAAAUUGGUGAAGCACCUGCAACAACUUCUGAUUUUCAACAUCAAGAACAAAUAGAAGUUCAUGUGUCUUUGAAUAAGUUCAAAGAAGUAGACAUUUUCGAAGAACAUAUUAGUGGAAUAGCCAUUGUUGAUGAUGUAAAUCAGGAUUUAAAUGAGGAAGUAAACAUUAUUCAAGGAAAAAAUGAUGAUGAAGCAUCUGAGAAAAUGAGCUCCAUUGAGGUUAAAGAGAUUGAAGCUACAACAAUCCAAACCACCCAAGAGAGAUAUUGUAGUACGAUCUUUGUUGAACAAAGCAAAUGCGAUGUGCCUCAUGCUGAAGAACACAAAGAUAAUGAAAAUGAGAAAGAUACAUAUAUUGAGAAAGAGGAACAUAAUACUUGUUUUGAACACGAAGACCAGAAAGAAGAUGACGAUCCUUCAAAUCAGGAUUUAAAUGAGGAAGUAAACAUCAUUAAAGGAAAAAAUUGUAAUGAAGCAUCUGAGCACAUGAGCUCCAUUGAGGUUAAAGAGAUUGCACUUACAACAAUCCAAACCGCCCCAGAGAGUUGUUGUAGUACAAUCUUUUUCGAACAAAGCAAAUGUGAUGUGCCUCACGCUGAAGAACACAAAGAAAACGACAAUGAGGAACAUACGUAUAUUGAAAAUGAGGAACAUAACACCCGUUUUGAACACGAAGAUCAGGAAGAAGAUCGCGAUUUUACGAAUCAGGAUUUAAAUGAGAAAAUAAACAUCAUUCAAGGAAAAUAUGAUGAUGAAGCAUCUACGCAAAUGAGCUCCAUUGAUGUCAAAGAGAUUGAAGCUACAACAAUCCAAACCACUCGAGAGAGUGAUUAUAGUACGAUCUUUUUUGAACAAAGCAAAUGCGAUGUGCCUCACGCUAAAGAACACAAAGAUAAUGAAAAUGAGAAAGAUACGUAUAUUGAAAAAGAGGAACAUAACUCGCGUUUUGAACACGAAGACCUGGAAGAAGUCCACGAUUCUUCAAAUAAGCAUCAAGAAAAAAUAGAAGUUGACAUGAUUUCGAAUGAGUUCAAAGAAGCGGACAUUAUUGAAGUAAGGAUCAGUGAAACAACCACUGUUGAUUGUGUGAAUCAGGUCAUAAAUAUUGAAUCAGAUAUCAUUCAAUUACAAUGGGAAGUAAAAAUAGAGGAUGAAACUAUCUUUAAAGAUAGUUUCAAAGUUGAUGAAGAUGACAAAGAAGAGGUUGCAAAUGUAAGUUUAAAAAACGAUGGUUUUUGUGGUGGAAACAUAAACAAAGAAAUGGGUGAAGCACCUACGAUAGCUUCUGAUUUUAAACAUCAAGAAAAAACAGAUCUCCACUUGUCUUCGAUUGAGUUCAACGAAGUGCACAUUGUUCAAGAAAAUAAUAGUGGAACAGCCACUGUUGAUGGUAUGAUUCAGGAUUUAAAUGAGGAAGUAAACAUCAUUCAAGGAAAAAACAAGGAUGAAGCAUGUGAGCAAAUCAAUUCCAUUGAGGUUAAAGAGAAUGAAGCUACAGCAAUCCAAACCAACCAAGAGAGUGAUUUUAGUACGAUAUUUAUUGAACAAAGCAAAUGCGAAGAGCCUCACAUUGAAGAACACAAUGAUAAUGAAAAUGUGGACGAUACAUAUACGGAAAAAGAGGAACAUAACACGUGUUUUAAACACGAAGACCAGGAAAAAGAACACGAUUCUUUAAAUCAGGCUACGAAUAUUAAAUCAGAUUUCAUUAAAUUACAAAGGGAAGUAAAAAUAGAUGAUGAAACUAUCAUUAAAGAUAAUUUCAAAGUUGAUAUAGAUGACAAUGAAGAGGGUGCAAAUGAAAGUUUAACAAAGGAUGGUUUUUUUGGUGAAAAUAUAAAUAAAGAAAUCGGUGAAGCACCUACGAUAGCUUCUGAUUUUCAACAUCAAGAAAAAAUUGAUAUUCACGUGUCUUCAAUUGAGUUUAAAGAAGUGGACAUUGUUGAAGCGAAUAAUAGUGGAACAGCCACUGUCGAUGGUGUGAAUCAGGAUUUAAAUGAGGAAGUAAACAUCAUUCAAGGAAAAAAUGUUGAUGAAGCAUGUGAGAAAAUGAGUUCCAUUGUGGUUAAAGAGAAGGAAGCUACAACAAACCGAACCAACCAAGAGAGUGAUUGUAGUACGAUCUUUGUUGAACAAAGAAAAUGCGAUGAGCCUCACGUUAAAGAAUACAAAGAUAAUGAAAAAGUGGACGAUACAUAUACGAAAAAAGAGGAACAUAACACGUGUUUUGAUCACGAAGACCUGGAAAAUGAACACGAUACUUCAAAUCAGGCUACAAGUAUUGAAUCUUAUAUCAUUCAAAUACAAAGGGAAGUAAAUAUAGAUAAUGAAACUAUCAUUAAAGAUAGUUUCAAAAUUGAUGAAGAUGACAAAGAAGAGGUUACAAAUAAAAGUUUAAAAACAGAUGGUUUUUCUGGUGAAAACAUAAAUAAACAAAUGGGUGAAGCACCUACGACAGCUGCUGAUUUUCAACAUCAAGAAAAAAUAGAUCUUCACGUGUCUUCGAUUGAGUUCAAAGAAGUGGACAUUGUUGAAGCAAAUAAUAGUGGAACAGCCACCGUCGAUAGUGUGAAUCAGGAUUUAAAUGACGAAGUAAACAUCAUUCAAGGGAAAAAUGAGGAUGAAGCAUUUGAGCAAAUGAGUUCCAUUGAGGUUAAAGAGAAUGAGGCUACAACGAUCCAAACCAACAAAGAGAGUGAUUGUAGUACGAUCAUUGUUGAACAAAGCAAAUGCGAUGAGUUUCACGUUGAAGAGCACAAUGAUAAUGAAAAUGUGGACGAUACAUAUACGGAAAAAGAGGAACAUAGCACGUGUUUUGAACACGAAGACAAGGAAAAAGUUCACUAUCCUUCAAAUCAGGCUACAAGUAUUGAAUCAGAUAUCAUUCAAUUACAAAGGGAAGUAAAAAUAGAUAAUGAAACUAUCAUUAAAGAUAGUUUCAAAAUUGAUGAAGAUGACAAAGAAGAGGUUAUAAAUGAAAGUUUAAAAACGGAUGGUUUUUGUGGUGAAAACAUAAAAAAACAAAUGGGUGAAGCGCUUACGACGACUGCUAAUUUUCAACAUCAAGAAAAGAUAGAUGUUCACGUGUCUUUGAUUGAGUUCAAAGAAGUGGACUUUAUUGAAGCAAAUAAUAGUGGAACAAACACUGUUGAUAGUGUGAAUCAGGAUUUAAAUGAUGAAGUAAACAUCAUUCAAGGAAAAAAUGAGGAUGAAGCAUUUGAGCAAAUGAGUUCCAUAGAGGUUAAAGAGAAUGAGGCUACAACGAUCCAAACUAACAAAGAGAGUGAUUGUAGUACGAUCAUUGUUGAACAAAGCAAAUGCGAUGAGUUUCAAGUUGAAGAGCACAAUGAAAAUGAAAAUGUGGACGAUACAUAUACGGAGAAAGAGGAACAUAACACGUGUUUUGAACACGACAACAAGGAAAAAGAUCACGAUCCAUCAAAUCAGGCUACAUAUAUUGAAUCAGAUAUCAUUCAAUUACAAAGGGAAGUAAAAAUAGAUAAAGAAACUAUCAUUAAAUAUAGUUUCAAUAUUGAUGAAGAUGACAAAGAAGAGGUUACCAAUGAAAGUUUAAAAAUGGAUUGUUUUUGUGGUGAAAACAUAAAUAAACAAAUGGGUGAAGCGCUUACGACAGCUGCUGAUUUUCAACAUCAAGAAAAACUAGAUCUUCACGUGUCUUCGAUUGAGUUCAAAGAAGUGGACUUUGUUGAAGCAAAUAAUAGUGGAACAACCACUGUCGAUAGUGUGAAUCAGGAUUUAAAUGACGAAGUAAACAUCAUUCAAGGAAAAAAUGAGGAUGAAGCAUUUGAUCAAAUGAGUUCCAUUGAGGUUAAAGAAAAUGAGGCUACAACGAUCCAAACCAACAAAGAAAGUGAUUGUAGUAUGAUCAUUGUUGAACAAAGCAAAUGCGAUGAGUUUCACGUUGAAGAGCACAAUGAUAAUGAAAAUGUGGACGAUACAUAUACGGAAAAAGAGGAACAUAACACGUGUUUUGAACACGAGGACAAGGAAAAAGAUCACGAUCCAUCAAAUCAGGCUACAAAUAUUGAAUCAGAUAUAAUUCGACUACAAAGGGAAGUAAAAAUAGAUGACGAAACUAUCAUUAAGGAUAGCUUCAAAAUGGAUGAAGAUGACAAAGAAGAGGUUGCAAAUGAAAGUUUAAAAGCAUAUGGUUUUUUUGGUGAAAACAUCAAUAAACAAAUGGGUGAAGCACCUACGACAACUGCUGAUUUUCAUCAUCAAGAAAAAAUAGAUCUUCACGUGUCUUCGAUUGAGUUCAAAGAAGUGGACAUUGUUGAAGCAAAUAAUAGUGGAACAGCCACUGUCGAUAGUGUGAAUCAGGAUUUAAAUGACGAAGUAAACAUCAUUCAAGGAAAAAAUGAGGAUGAAGCAUUUGAGCAAAUGACUUCCAAUGAGGUUAAAGAGAAUGAAGCUACAACGAUUGAAACCAACCAAGAGAGUGAUUGUAUUACGAUCAUUGUUGAACAAAGCAACUUCGAUGAGCCUCACGUUGAAGAACACAUAGAUAAUGAAAAUGUGGAAGAUACAUAUACGGAAAAAGAGAAACAUAACACCUGUUUUGAACAUGAAGAUCAGGAAAAAGAACACGUUCCAUCAAAUCAGGCUUCAAAUAUUAAAUCAGAUUUCAUUAAAUUACAAAGGGAAGUAAAAAUAGAUCAUGAAACUAUCAUUAAAGAUAGUUUCAAAGUUGAUGAAGAUGACAAUGAAGAGGUUGCAAAUGAAAGUUUAAAAAAGGAUGGUUUUUGUGGUGAAGACAGAAAUAAAGAAAUCGGUGAAGCACCUACGAUAGCUUUUGAUUUUCAACAUCAAGAAAAAAUAGAUCUUCACAUGUCUUCGAUUGAGUUCAAAGAAGUGUACAUUGUUGAAGCAAAUAAUAGUGGAACAGCCACUAUCGAUGGCGUGAAUCAGGAUUUAAAUGAGGAAAUAAAUAUCAGUCAGGAAAAAAAGGAUGAUGAAGCAUUUAAGGAAAUAAGUUCCAUUGAGGUUAAAGAGAAUGAAGCUACAACAAUCCAAAGCAACAAAAAGAGUUAUUGUAGUACGUUCGUUGUUGAAGAAAGCAAAUGCGAUGAGCGUCACGUUGAAGAACACAAUGCUAAUGAAAAUGUGGACGAUACAUAUACGGAAAAAGAGAGUUUUGAACACGAAGACCAGGCUACAAGUAUUGAAUCGGAUAUCAUUCAAUUACAAAGGGAAGUAAAAAUAGAUGAUGAAACUAUCAUUAAAGACAGUUUAAAAAUUGAUGAAGAUGAAAAAGAAGAGGUUACAAAUGAAAGUUUAAAAAGGGAUGAUUUUUGUGGUGAAAACAAAAAUAAACAAAUGGGUGAAGCACCUACGACAGCUGCUGAUUUUCAACAUCAAGAAAAAAUAGAUCUUUACGUGUCUUCGAUUGAGUUCAAUGAAGUGGACUUUGUUGAAGCAAAUACUAGUAGAACAGCCACUAUUGAUUGUGUGAAUCAGGAUUUAAAUGACGAAAUAAACAUCAUUCAAGGAAAAAAUGAGGAUGAAGCAUUUGAGCAAAUGAGUUUCAUUGAGGUUAAAGAGAAUGAGGCUACAACAAUCCAAACCAACAAAGAGAGCGAUUGUAGUACGAUCAUUGAUGAACAAAGCAAAUGCGAUGAGCCUCACGUUGAAGAGCACAAUGAUAAUGAAAAUGCGGACGAUACAUAUACGGAAAAAGAGGAACAUAACACGUGUUUUGAACACGAAGACAAGGAAAAAGAUCACGAUCCCUCAAAUCAGGAUUUAAACGACGAAGUAAACAUCAUUCAAGGAAAAAAUGAGGAUGAAGCAUUUGAACAAAUGAGUUCUAUUGAGGUUAAAGAGAAUGAAGCUACAACGAUUGAAACCAACCAAGAGAGUGAUUGUAUUACGAUCUUUGAUGAAGAAAGCAACUUUGAUGAGCCUCACGUUGAAGAACACAAUGAUAAUGAAAAUGUGGAAGAUACAUAUACGGAAAUAGAGGAACAUAACACCUGUUUUGAACAGGAAGUCCAGAAAAAAGAACACGUUACUUCAAAUCAGGCUUCAAAUAUUAAAUCAGAUUUCAUUAAAUUACAAAGGGAAGUAAAAAUAGAUGAUGAAACUAUCAUUAAAGAUAGUUACAAAGUUGGUGAAGCACCUACGAUAGCUUUUGAUUUUCAACAUCAAGAAAAAAUAGAUCUUCACAUGUCUUCGAUUGAGUUCAAAGAAGUGUACAUUGUUGAAGCAAAUAAUAGUGGAACAGCCACUAUCGAUGGUGUGAAUCAGGAUUUAAAUGAGGAAGUAAAUAUCAGUCAAGGAAAAAAGGAUGAUGAGGUAUUUAAUCAAAUGAGUUCCAUUGAGGUUAAAGAGAAUGAAGCUAUAACAAUCCAAACCAACAAAGAGAGUUAUUGUAGUACGAUCGUUGUUGAACAAAGCAAAUGCGAUGAGCCUCACGUUGAAGAACACCAUGAUAAUGAAAAUGUGGACGAUACAUAUUUGGAAAAAGAGGAACAUAACAUGUGUUUUGAAUACGAAGACCGGGAAAAAGAUCACGAUCCUCCAAAUCAGGCUACAAGUAUUGAAUCAGAAAUCAUUCAAUUACAAAGGGAAGUAAAAAUAGAUGAUGAAACUAUCAUUAAAGAUAGUUUAAAAAUUGAUGAAGAUGAAAAAGAAGAGGUUACAAAUGAAAGUUUAAAAACGGAUGGUUUUUGUGGUGAAAACAUAAAUAAACAAAUAGGUGAAGCACCUACGACAGCUGCUGAUUUUCAACAUCAAGAAAAAAUAGAUCUUCACGUGUCUUCGAUUGAGUUCAAAGAAGUGGAUGUUGUUGAAGCAAAUAAUAGUGGAACAACCACUGUUGAUAGUGUGAAUCAGGAUUUAAAUGACGAAGUAAACAUCAUCCAAGGAAAAAAUGAGGAUGAAGCAUUUGAGCAAAUGAUUUCCAUUGAGGUUAAAGAGAAUGAAGCUACAAUGAUCAAAACCAACCAAGAGAGUGAUUGUAUUACGAUCUUUGUUGAACAAAGCAACUGUGAUGAGCCUGACGUUGAAGAACACAAAGAUAAUGAAAAUGUGGACGAUACAUAUACGGAAAAAGAGGAACAUAACACUUGUUUUGAACACCAAGACCAGGAAAAAGAACACGAUCCUUCAAAUCAGGAUUUAAAAGAGGAAGUAAAUAUCAGUCAAGGAAAAAAGGAUGAUGAGGCAUUCAAGGAAAUGUGCUCCAUUGCGCUUAAAGAGAAUGAAGCUACAACAAUCCAAACCAAAAAAGAGACUGAUUGUAGUACGAUCAUUGUUGAACAAAGCAAAUGCGAUGAGCCUCACGUUAAAGAACACAAUGAUAAUGAAAAUGUGGACGAUGCAUAUAUUGAAAAAGAGGAACAUAACACGUGUUUUGAACACAAAGACCAGGAAAAAGAUCACGAUCCUUCAAAUCAGGCUAUAAAUAUUGUAUCAGAUAUCAUUCAUAUACAAAGGGAAGUAAAAAUAGAUGAUGAAACUAUUAUUAAAGAUAGUUUCAAAAUUGCUGAAGAUGACAAAGAAGUGGUUGCAAAUGAAAGUUUAAAAACGGAUGGUUUUUGUGGUGAAAACAUCAAUAAACAAGUGGGUGAAGCACCUACGACUGCUGCUGAUUUUCAACAUCAAAAAAAAAUAGAUCUUCACGUGUCUUCGAUUGAGUUCAAAGAAGUGGACAUUGUUGAAGCAAAUAAUAGUGCAACAACCACUGUCGAUAGUGUGAAACAGGAUUUAAAUGACGAAGUAAACAUCAUCCAAGGAAAAAAUGAGGAUGAAGCAUUUGAGCAAAUGAGUUCCAUUGAGGUUAAAGAGACUGAAGCUACAACGAUCAAAACCAACCAAGAGAGUGAUUGUGUUACGAUCUUUGUUGAACAAAGCAACUGCAAUGAGCCUGACGUUGAAGAACACAAAGAUAAUGAAAAUGUGGACGAUACAUAUACGGAAAAAGAGGAACAUAACACUUGUUUUGAACACGAAGACCAGGAAAAAGAACACGAUCCUUCAAAUCAGGAUUUAAAAGAGGAAGUAAAUAUCAGUCAAGGAAAAAAGGAUGAUGAGGCAUUCAAGGAAAUGUGCUCCAUUGAGGUUAAAGAGAAUGAAGCUACAACAAUCCAAACCAAAAAAGAGAGUGAUUGUAGUACGAUCAUUGUUGAACAAAGCAAAUGCGAUGAGCCUCACGUUAAACAACACAAUGAUAAUGAAAAUGUGGACGAUGCAUAUAUGGAAAAAGAGGAACAUAACACGUGUUUUGAACACGAAGACAAGGAAAAAGAUCACGAUCCUUCAAAUCAGGCUAUAAAUAUUGUAUCCGAUAUCAUUCAUCUACAAAGGGAAGUAAAAAUAGAUGAUGAAACUAUCAUUAAAGAUAGUUUCAAAAUUGCUGAAGAUGACAAAGAAGUGGUUGCAAAUGAAAGUUUAAAAACGGAUGGUUUUUGUGGUGAAAACAUCAAUAAACAAGUGGGUGAAGCACCUACGACUGCUGCUGAUUUUCAAUAUCAAGAAAAAAUAGAUCUUCACGUGUCUUCGAUUGAGUUCAAAGAAGUGGACAUUGUUGAAGCAAAUAAUAGUGAAACAACCACUGUCGAUAGUGUAAAACAGGAUUUAAAUGACGAAGUAAACAUCAUCCAAGGAAAAAAUGAGGAUGAAGCAUUUGAGCAAAUGAGUUCCAUUGAGGUUAAAGAGAAUGACGCUACAACGAUCAAAACCAACCAAGAGAGUGAUUGUAUUACGAUCUUUGUUGAACAAAGCAACUGCGAUGAGCCUGACGUUGAAGAACACAAAGAUAAUGAAAAUGUGGACGAUACAUAUACGGAAAAAGAGGAACAUAACACUUGUUUUGAACACGAAGACCAGGAAAAAGAACACGAUCCUUCAAAUCAGGAUUUAAAAGAGGAAGUAAAUAUCAGUCAAGGAAAAACGGAUGAUGAGGCAUUCAAGGAAAUGUGCUCCAUUGAGGUUAAAGAGAAUGAAGCUACAACAAUCCAAACCAAAAAAGAGAGUGAUUGUAGUACGAUCAUUGUUGAACAAAGCAAAUGCGAUGAGCCUCACGUUAAAGAACACAAUGAUAAUGAAAAUGUGGACGAUGCAUAUAUGGAAAAAGAGGAACAUAACACGUGUUUUGAACACGAAGACCAGGAAAAAGAUCACGAUCCUUCAAAUCAGGCUAUAAAUAUUGUAUCAGAUAUCAUUCAUCUACAAAGGGAAGUAAAAAUAGAUGAUGAAACUAUCAUUAAAGAUAGUUUCAAAAUUGUUGAAGAUGACAAAGAAGUGGUUGCAAAUGAAAGUUUAAAAAUAGAUGGUUUUUGUGGUGAAAACAUCAAUAAACAAGUGGGUGAAGCACCUACGACUGCUGCUGAUUUUCAACAUCAAGAAAAAAUAGAUCUUCACGUGUCUUCGAUUGAGUUCAAAGAAGUGGACAUUGUUGAAGCAAAUAAUAGUGAAACAACCACUGUCGACAGUGUGAAUCAGGAUUUAAAUGACGAAGUAAACAUCAUUCAAGGAAAAAAUGAGGAUGAAGCAUGUGAGCAAAUGAGUUCCAUUGAGGUUAAAGAGAAUGAAGCUACAACAAUCCAAACCAACCAAGAGAGUGAUUCUAGUACGAUCUUUGUUGAACAAAGCAAAUGUGAUGUGCCUCUUGUUGAAGAACACAAAGAUAAUGAAAAUGUGGACGAUACAUAUAUGGAAAAAGAGGAACAUAACACCUGUUUUGAACACGAAGACCAAGAAGAAGAUCACGAUCCUUCAAAUCAGGCCUCCUAUACAGAAUCAAAUAUCAUUCAAUUAAAAAGGGAAUUAAAAUUAGUUGAUGAAACUAUCUCAAAAGAUAGUUCCAAAGUUGAUGAAGAUGACAAAGAAGAGGAUGCAAAUGAAAGUUUAAAAAAACAUAGAUUUUGUUGUGAAAACACAAAUAAAGAAACUGGUGAAGCGCCUAAAAGAGUUUCUGAUUUUCAACAUCGACAACAAAUAGAAGUUCAUGUGUCUUCGAAUGAGUUCAAAGAAGCAGACAUUGUUGAAGAAAAUGUUAGUGCAAUAGCCACUGUUGACAGUGUAAAUCAGAUCAUUAUUACAGAUAACAAACAAGAUAUUUCAAAAGCCAAAGAAGUUAAAGAUGCAACCAAAGACAACCAAGUAAUUGAACCAAAAGCUAGUGAUGAAGAGGAAACUGAAACUUCAAAUCAAAGAGAUUUUGAUUCAGGCAUGACAGUGGGGGCUAUUGAUGAUCUAAAGACAACGCAUAAAAAGUCACUAAACAUAUUAUCAGGUGUUGGAUCGAAGGUGAAACAUUCAAUCUCUAAAGUGAAAAAAGCUAUGACAUGCACUUCUGCUCCAUUUGCUUCUGAAGAUGUAAUCAUCAAGUUAAAUAAAAACAAGAAAUAAGUCAAAUCUACUUUUAUACGUAGUUUUAUUUUAUGAUUAGUAUAGAAACUCAUACAAUUUUAUUUAUAAAUAAAAUUUAAUUGAAAAAGUUUGUAAUUUUAUGUAGGAUAUUUAAGAUAUCAUAAUUCGCAUGAUAAUUGAUAUAUAAAAAAACACAUGAUUAUUUAAUAGAAUCUCACAACUGCAUAUACUUAAAUUAUCU